AUGAAGAUUAUGAUCAAAAGUGAAGACUGGUCCAGACGGCUUAUCGAGCAAUCAGCGCCCAACCGCGCACACCGGCCGAGGGAACGAACGUACCGCGAUCGUCCCGCGCCGUAUCCGCAUCCCGAAGUCCACGGCCGAGCUCACGUCCCGACCCGGGAAAGCAACGUCCCGCGGUCGAGCCGUUCCAGCUCGCCACCACAAGCCGCACGACCGCGCCGCGCGAACAGGAAGGCAACAGCUCGCGGCCGCGCACACCCACGUACCGCGCCGACCCAUCCGUCCGACCAGGGAAGACUUCGCCCACGUCCGGAAAUUUCAUCGGCCAAAUCUUCAUCCGUCCGACCCCGUCGGCCGAACCGAAAACUCUCGGCCACGAUGUUCCGACCGUGCAUGACUAGGAGGUCCAACAAGGACAACCUAGUUGAACAUCCAGAGAUAGACAAGCUUGAGAAGCAACUUAGGAAGCAAAAGCCCAAGAGAUGGCCGACGAAGCAGCUCGCGCUCACGCCGCUGAAGUGGCGCGCGCUCAAUGAAGAAGGAAGAGAUCCACCUCCUCCUCCUAAUCCACAAGACCCUGCUGGAGAUGUGAAUGUGCAACCUCAAGCUGGAGCAAACAAUCGGAGACUAUGA